CAUAAGAUCUACUACCGGGUGAAUUCCAUUAGAACGACAAUGCACCGCUGUUUCUGAGUCGAGAAAAUCCUGUUUGAGGGCUUUAAUUUCUUUGUCCUUUGAUGAGAGAGUGAUUUCUGCGAUCAUACGAUGAUUAGUAUCAUACAGAAUUGCAGCAAUUUUAACAAGCAGAGUGGAAAAUUCAUAUUUAUUGGGGAAAGUGGUUUCUAAAGAGUGCCGGUAAAAUUUAUCAACGGGAUGAGUCGUCAGUUUUUGUGUUGUUUCCAUGCUUCUAGUUGGCUGUGAUUCCAUUCAUUCACCCUGCCUGGAUUCUGGCUUGGAGCUGUCGAUUUUCUAUGAAAAUAGGAAUGGACUUAGCACACACAUUUUUUUUUUCUGUUGUAAAUGCCAAUAUCCGAUGCGAGAUCUAUCAAAAUUACUUAAAUUUUGAAGGUCUUAUUAUCAUGCCAAGGAAGUUGUUGACGUUAAUCUAAAUUUCCUAUAGUAUGAGGAAACAAAGGAGUGCUCAUUCGUUUUAUGUUUAAUGUGCGUUGCUGGUCGGUCGAUCGAGCGCUAGCUGAGAUCUACAGCACCCCCCAUGUGCACUGCACUGCCUGCGCAUGUAAAUCCGCUUGACCGGGCGGUAUCAUUAUCAUUCAGCGUUCUUUGUUUUCACAAACCAUUAACCACGGCUGGACAGACUUCAUCACAAAACAAAGGGAUGGGACACGAGUGACGAUGUGGCAGUAGAGUUACACAGCUGACACUCUUAAGAAUCAAUGUUUUGUGACUGAUCUUACUUGGAUAAUCUUGAAAAGUAUCCUUGAAACUUGCACAAUGAUUCGCAAAAAACUUCCAUAUGAGUCGGUGCUAGCGAUAGCAUUGAUGUUGAGUGUUCUUCGAAUUGAUUGGACAGAUUAUUUAAGAGAAGAUAUAUUGGUUACAAGCUCAGGGUUUUCUGAUACAAUUUUAGGACCCAGCGUUGGGUUAACAGAGACGCAAUUCCAUAAUUUAUAUAAUUCAGUUGGACAAACACAUUCAACAAAGGAUAUUAUUAGAGAUUCGUUUUACUAUGAUCGAUCAGUGUUCAGAGAACUUGAUUCCCUCUAUGAAGGAGUUUCAUCUGUUUCCAGCUCAAGGAGAAGAGUGGAAGUGACAACUUUUUUGUUGGAUCAAUUAGAGUCCAAUGAUCGGUCAAACGGGCAGUUGAUGGUUGCUCAACAACCCACAAACCCUACAAAUGGCAAUGUCAACAUUAAUAUUAAUAGUGGAAACCUUGAACAGCCGAUGCAUCAUGACAGUGAUAGUGAUGAAGGUUUUGAAGAGAUGGAUACAGGAUUGGAAGGUGCUGUGGGGCAGUCACAUUCUGUCUCCCCAACACCCUCAGAUGAGCUCAGUAUUGAGGAUAUGGACUUGAUUGAAAGCCUAUGGAGACAGGAUAUUGAUAUGGGUGUUUGUCCUGACACCUACCCUUAUAAAGCAGACCUAAAACCAGGGUUUACAGAUGACCUCAAGAAACAAGGCCUUGACUUGUGGGAUUACAGCAUAGAUGGAGAGACAGGAGAAUACGUACCUGGGCCUCAACAAGAUUUUGAAGAAGUGCAACGAACAGACCAACCUCAAGUACCAGUUCCUCAUCCUCCAACUCCUCAAGACACACAGCCUCCACAAGAAAGCAGUCUGUCAUUAGAAGACUGUUUACAGCUCCUAGAAGACGAGUAUUCACCAGACACAGCGCAAUCUGAACUUUCCCCUGGGCUUAGUCAGCAAGAAACAGAACAGAGGUGGCAUGACCUUGCCACUAUUCCAGAACUUCAAGGUAGUAUUCCUGAGUUACUGCCAACACCAAAUCUUAACAACACACAAGAAGGGUACUCUACUCAACAACCACUUUUUAUCCCACCAGUGGCUAAUGUCACUGGAAGUCUGGUUCCAGAGGUCACUGAACUGUCACAGCCUCAGCUGUUGAAUGAUGUCUUUGCUGUAAAUGCUUCCACCAAUGGCAUGGUGAGCUUGCAGAAUGCCACCCAGUCACAGCAACAACCUAUACUUUUGCCUCCCACACGCAACGACUCAUUUAACAACUUUCCAAAUGUGGAUGCGCAGAGUCACUCUACGAAUGCCACUGCAAGUGCUCCUUCUAACAACAUGACAGACUACUUGAUGCAAACAUUGCAGAUGAAUGCAGUCAAUGCCUCAGCACCUUUCCCUGCUGCCAACCUCAGUACAGCAGAAAACAGCAGCUCUCUCCUCAUGGACCUCCUUAACUCACCAAGCUCUGCUCAUCCAAUCAACCCAUUGGAUCUGGACUUUGAUGAACAGAUGCAAGAUGUAAUUGCUGCUCUCGGAGAAGACUCUGAGUCCCUGACGAAUGAUGAAGACAGUGAUGGAUCAAUCUUUGAAGGUGAAGGUGCAACUGGUUACUCAUCUAGCUCAGAUCAAGACAGCUUCAAGGGUGCAACUGGAGGAUAUGGUUUUUCAAGAGGUCACGAGCGGCAGUAUGGCAGUGAUUCAAGCAGUAACAGCUACAGUAGUCAACCCCCUAAGAUGGAGAAUGUGAAACACAACCAUUCAUAUGCUGCACCUUCACAAUCUCAGAUGCAGAAUGGCAAUGGUGCACAAAACAUGAGCCACAAUGGAACAAAUGGCAGCUCCAAGUUAAAUCGAGAUGAGAAACGUGCCAAGGCUUUAAAACUUCCACUCUGCAUUGAAAAGAUCAUUAACCUUCCCGUUGAUUCUUUCAAUGACUUGAUUAAAAAAUACGAGCUCACAGAUCCUCAGAUGCAGCUUGUCCGUGAUAUCAGGAGGCGUGGGAAAAACAAAGUCGCUGCUCAGAAUUGCCGUAAACGUAAAAUAGAUGCCAUCCAGUUUGUGGAAUCAACAGUUGGUGAGCUGAGGAUGGAGAGAGACAAGCUGGUGAAAGAGCGUGAUAACAUUGACAAAGAAGUUAGUGAGAUGCAGCAGAGAUAUGCAGAACUCUGUGAAGAAGUAUUUUCUUCAGUUCAAGAUGAGCAUGGGAGCCCAGUUGAUCCCAAUGACUAUACGCUGCAACAGAUGCCUGAUGGUACUGUAUACCUUAUCCCUCGCAAUAGCAAUCAAAGAGACAGAGAUGAGCAAUCAAUGUAAUCAAGAAUCACUUCACUUAUUUCAGAGACUGUUCAAGCUGUAAUAUGCUUAUGAUUCCAUGCUAUCAAAUUUUUUUUAAUUUUUUUUAUGUCACUAUUUGUUGGCAGUGUAUCAUUCUUUCUUUGUUAUUUUCAAUGUUCUAUCCUGAGGAGUGAGGGAAUGAAUAUUUCUCUAUUUGGUAUCAUUACAAUUAUCUAGAUAUACCUGUUACAUGUAGGUGCAAGAGGCAAAACACAAAAUUCAAAGACCCAAAUUACUUAACCUCCCAUUUUCUGUAGUGCCUUUCCUGUUGUAUACUUCUAUUUUUUUUUUACAUUGUUUGAACUAUCCCUUUAAUCACAACCAUUGUGAUUGCAAAACAGGUCUGCUUUCCUCUUUCAGCUUGCAUCAUCAGUGUUCAGUUUAUUUCAAGUUAUUUAAACCACAAAGUUUAUAAUUUUUUUGUUUUAUAUUGCUUCAAGGCUUAUAUUACACAUUCAUGUACAUGUGGGUCCAUUAUUUGAAUGUAUUUUUCUAUAUUGUAUUUUUUUGCAGAAAUGUGUUUUGUUUUAUAUCUGUUGGUCGCAUUACGCACAUGCUUCAAGCAUGAUUGCUUAGUUGUGUUUGAUAGUCCAGUGUUUUCCUAGGGACAGCUGUAGCUAAUAGAGAGCAAGAUUGGUCGGCCUGGGAGGGACUAGUAAUGAUUGUUGUGCCUCUAUCAAAUCACUUCUUACUGGAUUAGAAAUAUCAGUUAUUGUAAUAAAUCAUCUCACACAACAUUAUUAUGGUCAGAGAAGUUGACAGGACAGGAUAUAAUAUUUGUAUUAUUUGUGAAUGAUUCUGAAUCUUUCAAGCCAUAUUUUCAAUCGAUAUACAAAAGCCUCCUAUAGACACAAGAAUACAUCCCCUUAGCCUUUCAAUUUUCUGUGGUCAAGGGGAAUAUGACAUGAAAAUUUGAAGAUUUAUUUAAUAUAGCAAAUUAGAGAUAAUGAUCAUUUUCAUCUUGCUUUGACAGGCUUCUCUUCUGCUUAGCUAAAUGUGUCCUAUAUUAUUGUGUUAACUCUUGUGAUGUACAUAUUUGUAAAUAGCUAAAGAAAGAUUAUUAUGCAAUGGAGUUUUCCAAUAAUAGACGAUGAUAUUUGACUGAAAAAGAGAAGACAAGACUUAUUUAUGACUAGCUAUCCAGUAGUGGAAGGAGUUCAGAUAUUCUUGUGGGAUGAUCAUGGCAUUUUUUUUCUUCAUGUUUUUGUUGGCAAUCCGUUCAUUGUACCCACUGGUUUACUACUAAGUUUUCAGGGGUUUGUAUGUACAUGGGUAACAUACCCAUGAAUAAGUGAUAUGAAUUAACAUUCAUGAAUUACUUCUGAUGAAUGAUUAAUACAUGUAGGAAAUGUGUAAAUUUUAUUUGUCUGUACAUGUAGACUUUGUCUCUAAACUUAAUAUUUUCCAGUUUCAACAUUUGGUACAAAUAUAUCACAUGAUUGAAUAUUCAUUUUGUAGAUGUACAUGUAGAAAAGAAGGCCUGCUUGCAUUUUGUAAAUGAGGAUUUUUCUCCUUUAAAGCUUUAUCUGGACAUUGAGAUUUGAAUUAAGUUUUACAUGCAGAUUUUAUGCUUUAUUAUGUCGUACUCAAAAUCAGAUUUUGCCAUUUUCACUUUCAAAAGGACUUCAUUUGUAUCCGCAGAAAAGAUUUUUGCAUGAAAGAUUGCAUUUGUUGAAUAAAAUAUUUUAUUAGCAAGAGAAGUGUUGAUAACAGAAAAUCCUGCUAUUGUUGUACAUAUACAUAUUGAUUAUUGCAGAGAGAAAGAGAAAACCAAUAAAAUCUUUAAAAAUA